UUCUGUGGCUGGGCUUGCCCGUGUCAGCACCAUGAGGAAUGGGCAUCUAAUGUUGCUGCCAGGACUCUUGAUGCUGCUGCUGUUGCCAUUGGGAGCUGCAGCCCAGAAGUCUAGCGACUCAACUCGCUAUUGCCCUGCGAACUCCGCUGUUUUCAAUGACACCUCCUGUCGUUGCUCUCCGGGAUUCAAUUCUUCAUCUGGGGAGAUCUUCUACAGUGGCCCUGAGCGUUGUGAAGACAUCAAUGAGUGUGCACCACCUUCACUAGUGUCCUGUGGAAAAUUCAGCAAUUGCCAGAACACAGAGGGGAGCUACCACUGCACAUGCAGCCCAGGAUAUGAGCUUGCUUCUGGGGCAAGAGUGUUCAGGGAUGAAAGCGAGAACACGUGUCAAGAUGUGGAUGAGUGCAGUUCUGGGCAGCCUACAUGCCACAAGUCCACCAUCUGCAUCAACACCGUGGGCUCAUACAAGUGCCGCUGUCUCUGGGGCCUGGAGCCCAAACCCGGAUUCCAGAAUAAUCAACCGAACACCACCUGUGAAGAGAUGUCCUUCCCCACCUGGACCCCACCCCCUGGAAUCAACAGCCAGAGACUCUCCCGUUUCUUUGAAAGAGUCCAAGAUCUGCGCAGAGACUUCAAGCCAGCCUUGGCUCAGGGCACCAUCCAGGACCUCAUACAGGAGGUGGAUGAGCUGCUGGAGACUCCAGGGGACCUGGAGGCUCUGCCCUGCUCAGAGCAGCACUGUGUGGCCACUAACCUGCUUGUUGGUCUUGAGGAUGUCCUGAGAAACCUGAGCCAGGCCCUGCCCAAUGGGACAUUGACCUUCAAUGAAUCUGCAGGCACAGAUCCUGCAGCCAGCAGUCUGUUUUCUGAGUCUGUGGAUUUGCCUAUUCUAAACAUUUCAUAUCAAUAGAAUCAUGCAAUAAGGACCUUAUAGUCUGGCUUCUUUCACACGGCAUGAUGUUUUCAAGGGGAAUCCCUGUUGUAACACGUGGUAGUAUUCCUUUCCUUUUUAUGGUUGAAUAAUAUUCCAUUAUUUUGGAUAUAGUACCUUUUGUGUAUCUAUUUAUCCACUGAUGGACCUUUGGGUUGUUGCCA